AUGAACACACCACCCAGGUUCUCCCACUCACGCCAAGGCUCCAUCGAGCACACCCUACCCACCUCGUCUGCUGCGCAUCUCCACCACCCAUCUCUUGCAAUGCACACCGCCAGCGGCUCUCACACGCCGGGCCAUCACUCUCCUCUGACGCACUUUGGCCAUUCUCUCGCUUCGCUAGCCUAUCCUUCCUCAUCUUACUCUCCCUACCGUACAAGUCAAACGCCCGCUACGUCCUGGACGCCCUCCAACUCUGCUGCUCUUCACAGUACCAACGCGACACCGUCGGCUUUCAAGAGAAGUCGGAGUAGAGAUAUCGAGGGUAACGACGAUGAAGAUGAUGAUGAUGAUGACGACGACAACACCAACGAUUCGGACGAAGACGACGACGACGACGAUGACGAAGAAGAAGAUGAAAUCGGGGACGACGACGAGGUUAGUGACUCCAAGGCCAAGCAGAGCGGCAACAAGCGCAAGCGCGACGCCUCGCCCAAGCCAGCCAAGUCGAAAAAGUCUGCGGGAAAGGACAAGACCGGAGGCGACAAGGCUAUCAACGGAAAAGUUGCUAAAGACGACCUAGCAGCAAAGAAGCAAAAGCCCACACGUGGCGCUCGUGCCUGUACCAACUGUCGACGUCUCAAGAUGCGCUGCGUUGGCGCCGAAAAGGGUCCACCUUGCAAUCGAUGCCGCAACGGCAACCACGAGUGCAUCUUCGAGGAAAGCAAUCGCGGCAAGAAGGGCGGCAAGAAUCAAAAGGCUGAAGCCAUGCAGCAGAGCUUGCGCAAGAUGGAGCAGACCUUGGCCACUGUUCUGCGCAGCAUCCGCGAUCCUGGCCUUGCAGCACAGCACGGCGGCAUGGUGACGCGCAGUCCUUCACCCACCUUGCCACGGGAUUCUGAACGCUCAUCUAACGAAACAUACCGCUCAGGUCCACGCCUUACGCACUCGCAUUCUUUCUCGGGUGAUCCUUACGGCUCGCGGUCGCCAUGGAAUCGAAUCUCUGAUUCGUACCCGCCCCACUCCGCGCUUUCGGGUGCUUCGCCUUCCAGUGCUAGCCCCGUGAGCACCAUCAACCCCAACGCUGUAGCGCAGAGAAGCGCUUCUUCCGCUGAUGGAAGCCACAACUCGCCCGCUAACGCCCAUGGCACCCGAUUCCUCGAGCCGCUGCCGCAUCACCAUCGCCAGCAGGGGCGACCCAGUGCCUCCGGGCUCGAGGCUCGCAGUCGCAAUUCCCGAGGCUCGCCGCGUCUCCAUUCGCUGCCAGACAACACCCUCAAUCCGCUUGGUCUUCUUGCCGAAGCCAGUCUCCACAAUACGCAUCGAGCACGCAAGCUCGCCCGCAGUGGCGCCAGCAACAGCAGCCGCGACAAGGAUGGCCAUGUCCCCGACGAGCCUAUCAAGUCGGAGGGCGGCAACGAUGAAUCGUCCGCCAACCAAGCUGACGCAGCCGAGGGAACCAAAAGCAAAAUUCCACUAGGCGUCGCCUCGCAGAACUACUUCCGCCCCGGUCCCAUGACCAUCCUUCCUCUGCGCCGCAUCAUCAUCGAGCGAGAGAUGCCUCCCGAGCUACUCACCCUCGGCAUCGUCACUUCCGAGGAAGUGCUCGAUCUUUUCGGCAUCUUUUUCCGCAGGUGUACACAGCACGUCUGCCUGCUCGAUGCCGAGUGGCAUACUCCGACCUUUAUCUGCAGUCGCUCGCCCUUCCUCUUCACGUGUGUCUGCACCGUUGCGGCUAAGUUUUACGAGCGCAGGCCGGACCUCCACGCCAAGUGUCUCGCUCUCACCCGUAAAGUUGCGUUCGACGUCGUCAACCGUGGCUUCAAGAGCAUCGAGAUUGUCCAGGGAUUCCUGCUCAUGGCCUUGUACGCACAACCCGCCGAACGCUUCGAGGAGGACAAGACGUGGAUGUACAGCGGCAUCGCUCUCCGCAUGGCCACGGAUCUCAACUUACAUCGCAAGAGUGUCGCAACUUUCAAUCACAGUCCCCACCCAGACGAUCCCGCUGUGCUCGACCGCGAGCGCGAGAUUCUCAACCGAGAGCGUACCUGGUACGUCUGCUUCGCCCUAGACCGCGGCCUGAGCAUUCAGAUGGGCAAGCCUUACACUAUUCGCGAAGACUGGAUAGUGCGCAACUGCCGCAACUGGGGCAGCCGCUUCAGUCGACCCUGGGAUGUUGCGGUCAGCGCCAUUGUUGAUUUGUCUCGCAUCAGUUCGAGGCAGCUCGAUUUUCUCUAUUCAUCCACCACGUCGGUUUCGGGACUCAACACCGAGAUCGAUUACUCGCUCGUGCUUCCCGUGUUCAACGAGCAGUUGGAAGAGUGGCGCGAGGAAUGGCGCUGGCGCGGUUUGUUUACUAUGCCCGAUGAGGCCAAGGAGUACAUCGAAAAAAAGAAGCGUAAAAAGGCGCUCGCCGCCGAAAAGGCCACGGCCGCAGCCGCCAAGGACAGAGGAAAAGGCAAAAGCGCCGCUGCUGUAAAGAGGACUGCGGACACAGCGACGGGCACCAAGGAGGCAGUCGUCAACGGCGCUGCUGCUGAUACGAGCGCAACGUACGAUUACGAAGACGACGACGACGAUGCCGAAAAUUUGGAUCUUAACACCCGCAUUAUGAUCCAUCAUGUCAACUCUAUUCCGGUUCGUUUCAGUUUCGCCGUACUCGUGCUCAAUUCGUUCGGUCUACAGCAGGCGGUCGACCAUCCAAUUGGUGCGAGCUUGGAUCGAGCCCAGUACUUUGCCAAGUGUUUGGAAGCUGCCAAGACGAUUGUCAAGCAGCACGUGGGGCCCUGUUGCCUUAACAUGCGGUAUGCGCCCGACCCGCACAUCUUGACUCUCGCCUAUGCUUGUGUGUUCUUGCUCAAGCUCAUUCGACCUGCUUUUGCUGGAUAUGUGGACGAAAAUUCGAUCGUGGAGCUGGUGCAGGGUGCGGUGGAUAUGCUUGAGGAAGCGGCAGUGAACGAAACGCACACUCCGUAUCUGUACGCUUCGUUCUUGAAGGCCUUGCUGCAGGCAAGGAAAGAGCACACGACGGCUUCGAGGAGCGCUACAGGUUCUAGGGCGGCUUCGAGGGCGGUGUCGCCAGAAUCGAUGUCUCAAGAAGAGAACGGUGACGGAGCGGGCAAGAACACGGCUGCAGGUGGGGAUGCCUCAACGGAUGGUGUGGUCUGCGGUGAGAAUCGCGAAGGCGGAGCAUCGUCCAGCUUGGACCCAACGCACAACGCCGAAAUGCACGACUCGACGGUCGCCGGCGCCGAUGGGGCGAACGUUAACUGGCCCUCACAAAUCUUCGCCGCGUCUUCGGGCAUGGACGAAUUCUGGGGCUCGCUCCUGCCGCCAGGCUUUACCCAGACAUCAAUGCACGACCUGUUCGGCGCGGCCGCUGUUGACAGCAGUCUGCCCAACGGCCACUCGCACCUCGCUUCCGAAGGCACAGACCCCGUCGAACCGCCACAGCAACACGCUACCAAGUUUGGCAUGGGCGGAGGAGCGGCGUUCGACUUUGGCGGCGGUGCCAUCGGCAACGGCAAUGGCGGCGUACCGCUCAACUCGGCGGCUGCUAACGCUGCGCUCGCCAACUCGAUGAGCAUCACGCCCUCGGCAAGCGGUCAUUUCUCCGGCACUAACACACCGCACGGCUACAACAGCAGGAGCAGGAGGGCUAGCGCCAGUCACUUCGGGUUGGGCGCCCUCUCGGGUGUCAACUUUGACUUCUCGUCCUAA